CUUUCGAAUGGCACGAUUGCAGUGCAAGAGAAGUACAUGUUACUAUUACAGUUCUAUUCGCGGUGACAAAAGGACGACGUAAAUUGGUUUGGUCUCGGGUGGUUUGAAUCCCCAAACAACUGUCGUCGGCGUGUUCACUUUUCCACAGCAUGCACUGCAGGGCGAUUUAUUUUGAUAACAACACAACACAAUGUACARUAUAUAUGCGAAAGAACAAACUCGCAAUGCCACCAUUGGUUGGCUCUCUCCUUUCGGUAUAUUUUGCACGCUCGCUAUUUAUACUUUGUGUGCGACCAUCAACUUCAGUGGACUCGAUUUGAGUGUGGAGCAUGAACCCUUGUUUGCAUCCACAAAACCUCGAGUUGUGGAUGAAGAUUCUUUCACUUCGGACGGAAAUUCAACGCCCAUUGCUCACCGCUCUUGGCACGAGCCAUCGAUCAUCGAUAGCGCCAGCAAAAAAUCGGACGAAAUUAUCGAUUGGACUGACAGCAUUUUCAGUCGUGAAGGAUGGGACAAUGAUCCCAUCGUGAUCGAAUCCCACAAGCUUUUAUUCUUUACAGUUCCAAAAAAUGCUUGUAGCACAUUCAAGAGGCUCUUUCGCCGGAUGAUGGGGCACCAAAAUUGGCUUCAAGCCAGCCCACACAACCCCUCCAAAAACGGACUGAAGUAUCUAGGCCACUAUUCCAAAGACAAACAGAGAGAAUUCAUGACAUCGCCAGAGUGGACGAGAGCCAUAUUUGUGCGAGACCCUUUGGAGAGAACUCUAUCUGCUUACAUGGACAAGGGAAUGAACACUGGUCCACUGGACUGGCAACCUACCGUGCGGGGAGCUCACAUCAAGCGGGCAUGUUGCAGCCGUACCAAAAGACAAAUUGCAGCGUGCAGAGAGUUUCCUUUGACACCAUUCAAAAUUGAUUUAACACCACAAAACUUUCCAUUCGAUUUUUUUGUCGAAUCUUUCAUGAGACAAUGCAAAGAUAGUCAUUGGCAACCUCAGCAUCUUCGAAUGCGAGAAGAGAAUUGGAAAUGGAUUAAUUUUGUCGGAAAGUUUGAGAACAAACAAAAUGACACUCGUAGACUUUUGGAACGGAUAGGUGCAUACGAUGAGUUCGGCGCGUCUGGGUGGGGCGAAAACAGUGAAGAGAGUGGUAAGAACGUGACGUUAGCAGUUUUCGAAAAAAACAUAGCAAACCACAAAACAGGGUCCGGGAAUCGGAUGAAAGAUCAUUACUCACCCAAGACAGAACGACUGGUAAUGCAAUACUAUCGACUCGACUACAGCUCUGGAUUAUUUAAUUUUACGAAGCCGGAAGGCUACACACACAAGUUGUUCGGAAGAUCAAACCCAACUAGACUCCUGGCCUGAUCUACUGCAGAAAACAACUAAGGUCGCCAAGAAAUUGGACAAGGUCCUUUCAACCAACGGGAAUGGGGAUGACUCCAGCUAAACCAGUUCACACUGAAUAUUGUACCAUAUUAAAUUAUAAAAUCAGCA